CAUCGAUAAAUACUCAAUCCGCAAUUACUUGAUGUCCCGCGGUCCUCGAAGCAAGAUAUACCUUAUAGCAAAUCCUUCCGAUCCACUGGGGCAACAGUACACCGUUGUCGGGAUCAUCUGUCCAAUUUGUGUGCUUCCACCGUUGAAUCUAUUCCGUAAAGCACACCACUGACCAACAGCAACCAUGCCGGGACUAGCAGAUCCAGUUGCCUUCUUGAAGGAUUUUGCCGCCGGUGGUAUCUCAGCGGCCAUCUCCAAAACCGCUGUGGCACCAAUCGAGCGCGUCAAGCUGCUGCUUCAGGUUCAGCAUAUCUCCAAACAGAUCGCCGAAGCCGACCGCUACAAGGGUAUGGUCGAUUGUUUCGUGCGCAUCCCCCGCGAGCAAGGCGUUACCGCUUACUGGCGUGGUAACAUGGCAAACGUUAUCCGGUACUUCCCGACCCAGGCGCUGAAUUUCGCCUUCAAGGACAAGUACAAGCAGGUCUUCCUCGGUGGUGUCGAUAAAAACACCCAAUUUAUGCGCUACUUCGUCGGUAACCUGGCUUCCGGUGGUAUGGCUGGUGCCACCUCGUUGUGCUUCGUCUACCCCCUCGAUUUCGCCCGAACCCGUCUGGCCGCCGAUGUCGGUAAGGGAGGCGGCGAGCGAGAGUUCAAGGGUCUGGGUGAUUGUCUCACCAAAAUCUUCCGUUCUGACGGUCUUGUCGGUCUGUACCGAGGUUUCGGAGUAUCUGUUCAGGGUAUCAUCAUCUACCGAGCUGCCUAUUUCGGCUUCUACGACACUGCUCGUGGCAUGCUGCCGAAUCCAAAGACCACUCCAUUCUACGUCAGUUGGGCUAUUGCUCAGGUCGUCACCACCGUUGCCGGCAUCGUAUCGUAUCCCUUUGAUACCGUCCGCCGUCGUAUGAUGAUGCAAUCGGGUCGUGCAAAGUCCGAGAUGGUUUACAAGGGCACUCUUCACUGCUGGGCAACUAUCGCCAAACAAGAGGGCAGUGGCGCCUUCUUCAAAGGUGCCUUCUCCAAUGUCCUCCGUGGUACCGGUGGUGCUUUCGUACUUGUGCUGUACGAUGAAAUCAAGAAACUGCUAUAAGUUCCCUUCAGCAAUAUCCCUAAGGUCCUGCUUUUAAUGCCUAAUAAAUUUACCUUAACCCUCCCUUCCGCAUUCUACAUCUAAUACGAUCCAAUCCCAAAAACACCUAACUCGUCGAUUAUCAUGAUCCGUUUCCGUCCCUCUCCUUUCCAAACACCACUAUAUUCCUUUUCCUCCGAAGGGUUUCCAGAGCGCGCGCGGUUGUGUUCGAAGAACCGCGUGGUAUGUAUAUAUAUGUACAAAACAACUUGCAAACAGUGAAGAUCGAAGUGAUGUAGCGAAACGAUGCAAAAGUGCGAAGUAAAGUUAUAAGAAAAGUAACGGAUAAAUAUCUCGAACUGAGAGACGACAGAAAAA